AUGGACAAGGACAAGCACAUUCACCUGGAGCUACAGAAACAGACGCCCUCUCACAUGAAAGAGCUUGUGCUGGACAACUGUCGCUCCUUCGAGGGCAAGAUCAACCUCACAGAGGAGUUUGAGGAACUGGAGUUCCUGAGCAUGAUCAACUUGGACCUCACCUCCAUCACCAACAUGCCAAAACUCAACAAGCUCAAGAAGAUUGAAUUAAGUGACAACAGAAUCUAAGGGGGCCUGGACGUAUUGGCAGAAAAAUUGCUGAACCGCACACAUAUAAAUUUAAGCUGCAAAAAACACCUCAGCACAGCAGAUCCAUUGAAGAAGUUAGAAAGCCUAAUGAGCUUAGACCUCUUCAACUGUGAAGUGACCGAUCUGAAAGAAAGCGUGUUUAAGCUCCUCCUGCAGCUCAUGAACCUUGACAGCUAUGGCUAGCACAACACAGAGGCCCUGGAGAGGCUGAACAAUGAGGAGGAUGACACGGACACUCCCACCACCCCUGUAGAGGAGGAGGAGGAUGUGAGUGGAGAGGAGGAGGAAGAGGAAGGGGACGUGGAGGGAGAGGAGAAGGAGGGGGAGAGGAAAGGGGAAGAGGAGGGGAGGAGUGGAAGGAGGAAUAGAAAGGGGAAGGGAGGAAGAGGGGGAAGGGAGGAGGAGAGGGAAGGGAGGGGGGAGGGGGAGGAGGAGGACAAGGGGCCUGGUGAGGAAGAUAAGGGCCAAAAGCAGAAGGGAGAGCCUGAAGAGGAGAGUGAAGAGGACGACUAG